CUGGCGCCCGCUGCAGCAGUCCUGAAUAUUUGCUACAGCACAGAAAGCCUGUCAGUCAAAAGCCAUCUCCAUGGUGAUGAAGUCAUCGAUAGAGGAGGAUGAGGGAGGGUGGGCUCUUGGGAUCCCGGAGAAGAUGCAAAAUAAUGCCAACUGGGUGGACGUCACCCAAGAUUUCAAAGGAGCCUGUAAAGAACUCAAACUGGGCGAGUUGCUCCAUGACAAACUGUUUGGUCUGUUCGAGGCGAUGUCAGCCAUUGAGAUGAUGGAUCCAAAGAUGGAUGCUGGAAUGAUCGGAAACCAAGUGAACCGGAAAGUUCUCAAUUUUGAACAAGCUGUAAAGGAUGAGGCUAUAAGAGUGAAAGAUCUGAGUUUACCUGAGCUAGUCGGCAUCAUGGACACUUGUUUCUGUUGUCUGAUCACAUGGCUGGAGGGGCAUUCUCUUGCUCAGACUGUGUUUACCUGUCUGUAUGUUCAUAAUCCUGAUCUGAUACAAGAUCCCGCUCUCAAAGCCUUCGCUCUGGGCAUCCUUAAAAUCUGUGAUAUCGCCCGUGAAAAAGUCAACAAAGCCGCUGUGUUUGAAGAGGAAGAUUUCCAGGCGAUGACAUAUGGCUUCAAAAUGGCAAACAGUGUGACAGAUCUGAGAGUGACAGGAAUGCUGAAGGAUGUUGAGGAUGAACUUCAGAGGAAAGUAAAGAGUACACGCAGUCGACAGGGUGAACAGCGUGAUCCUGAGGUGGAACUAGAUCAUCAGCAGUGUUUGGCUUUGUUCAGUCGGGUUAAGUUCACUCGUCUGCUGCUCAGUGCGCUUAUCUCCUUUACUAAAAAAGAGACGAGUGCUGUGAGUGAAGCACAGAAGCUGAUGACUCAAGCUGCUGACUUACUGUCCGCCAUACACUCCACCAUACAGUAUGGCAUACAGUCACAGAACGACACAACCAAAGGAGAUCACCCAAUCAUGAUGGGGUUUGAGCCGUUGGUUAACCAGCGCCUGCUUCCGCCCACUUUCCCCCGCUAUGCCAAGAUCAUCAAGAGAGAGGAGAUGGUCAACUACUUCAGCAAACUCAUUGAGCGCAUUAAGACUGUCUGCGAGGUCAUCAACAUAACCAACCUGCACAGCAUCCUGGAUUUCUUCUGUGAGUUCAGUGAGCAGUCUCCAUGUGUGCUGUCUAGAUCUCUGCUGCAGAACACGUUUCUGAUUGACAAUAAGAAGGUAAUCGGGACUCAUCUGAUGCAGGAUAUGAUUAAAGAUGCUCUGCGAUAUUUUGUCAGUCCUCCUGUCCUGUCCACAAAAUGCAGUUUGAAUAAUAACCAUCAGGCCAAAGAUUACAUUGACUCCUUUGUUACGCACUGCACACGGCCUUUCUGCAGCCUCAUUCAAAUUCACGGGCACAACCGAGCACGACAGAGAGACAAACUGGGGCACAUACUGGAGGAGUUCGCCACUCUUCAGGAUGAGGCUGAGAAAGUGGACGCUACUCUACACGGUCUGCUUAUGAAGCUGGAACCGCAACGGCAGCACUUAGCUUGUCUGGGCACCUGGAUCCUUUAUCACAACCUGAGAAUCAUGAUCCAGUACCUGCUCAGUGGCUUUGAGCUGGAGCUCUACAGCAUGCACGAGUAUUAUUAUGUCUACUGGUAUCUGUCCGAGUUCCUGUAUGCAUGGCUGAUGUCCACAUUGAGUCGAGCAGACAGCUCUCAGAUGGCAGAGGAGAGAAUCCUGGAGGAGCAGCUCAAAGCACGAAGCAACAAAAAGAGCAAGAAAAAGAAGAAAGCUCGUCCUCUGAGUAAAGAGAUCACUAUGAGCCAAGCGUACCAGAACAUGUGUGCUGGCAUGUACAAGACUAUGAUAGCAUUGGAUAUGGACAGAAAGGUGCGUAAGCCUCAGUUUGAGCUGGACAGUGAGCAGGUUCGCUACGAGCAUCGAUUCGCCCCGUUUAACAGUGUCGUCACACCUCCACCAGUGCACUAUAUUCAGUUUAAGGAAAUGUCCGAUCUGAAGAAGUACAAUCCUCCUCCUCGCUCAGCGGAUCUCUAUAUGGCAGCCAGUAAACAUUUCCAGCAGGCCAAACUCAUACUUGAAAACGUCACCAGCCCUGACGCAGAGGUUAAUCGCAUCCUUAAAGUGGCCAAACCCAAUAUUGUUGUAAUGAAACUACUAGCUGGAGGACACAAGAAGGAGACCAAGGCUCUUCCUGAAUUCGACUUCUCUGCACACAAAUACUUCCCCAUAGUCAAGAUAAUUUGAGAUCAACCCUGUUUCCAGUGUUUCAGAACUCCUCUCAUUGAAACAUUAACCCUCAUGAUGGCAUCUGAAUCAAUUAAUAUUCAUAACUGUAAUGGUACAGUUGAACACAGACACAUUCAGUGGUUUGAACAGUUAGCAACAGGAUCAUGUUCUUCUCUUUAAAGAUUUGACAUUAAGGCCACAGACAUUAAAUCGUAAAUGUAUUUUUAUUAAAAGUCUCUUUUUUCUUUUUUUUUUUUU